GCGGUUAAACUAUAGAAGAGUCGAGUAUUAUCCAUACAUACCAGGCGUAAAAAGCGUUCAUCCAGUUACUAAACAGGUGCCAGGCCAACAAGAAUCCGAUCCGUGUAUUCCGUACAGACUAACAUUAGGAAGGAGACUACCAAAGUGAAUAUCAUGAUAUUUGUACAGCUUGUAUAUAAAUGUUGGUUUUUCAAAUAUACGCUGGAUACCACUAUACUUAAUGCACUUAACAUGAUGGUCAUGAAGAGCACAAUAGAACUUGGAUCCGGUAAACAAAGACCUUCAAGAUCUAAACCAGUAGUCCAACUCGUAGUAUAUACUCCCCAGAAAAAGCUUAUAAAUAAUCCUGUCUCAGAGAUGAUUACUCCCAGUACGAUGGUACUGAUCAUACUAGCAUCUGAGUAGUAGUUUUCUCUCGCUGUUAAUACGAGUGAUAACAGUAAUCCAUAUAUUACGCCUAGAACAUAACCGAUGUGGAAUAACCUUAAUGUCGUAGGAUAUUGAAAUCCAACACUUUUAGCUGUCUUAAGCAGUCCAGUGGGGUGGUGGUGUACAGCAAUCAUAAAGAACUUGGUUGUCUGUAUCUCAUAACUGGAGUCAUAUUCAGUAUCCUAGGUACUAUAAUGUCUCUGUUUAUUCGAUUUGAGUUAUACAGUUCUGGUUCGCGGAUCAUUUGUACAGAGACAAUAUCUACUUAUAAUGUGAUAAUUACAAUACAUGGUCUAGCUAUGAUCUUUAUGUUCUUAAUGCCGGCUUUGUACGGAGGAUAUGGUAACUUCUUUGUACCAAUCUAUAUUGGUGGUUCGGAAGUCGUUUUCCCAAGAACUAACGCGAUCUCCUAUUUCCUAGUACCAUUAGUGAACUCAUUUGGUGUCUAUCUAUGAGUCUAUUCCGGGCACACCUUGUCUUUUAUCGGUGUGCUCUAAAUCUAAAUUCAUCUUAUAAUUUUGGUUUCUUAGUUGCAAUGACCUUUGUACUCCAAAUAAUUACAGGUAUCACUCUAGCGUUUAGAUAUACUUCUGAAGCAUCUUGUGCAUUUGCUAGCGUUCAACAUCUAGUUAGAGAAGUAGCAGCAGGAUGGGAAUUUAGGAUGUUGCAUGCUACAACAGCCUCUUUUGUAUUCUUGUGUAUUUUAAUUCACAUGACUCGAGGAUUGUAUAACUGGAGUUAUAGUUAUUUAACUACCGCUUGGAUGUCUGGUUUAGUUUUAUAUUUACUUACUAUAGCCACUGCCUUCCUCGGAUACGCAACAUCUAACUACACAACGUUAUGCCAAGAAGGAUCCCAGAUUACCCUGAUUAUCUUUGUUAUAUUAAUACAUGGUGUUCAAUUGGUUCUAUUUCUACAAUAAUUAUCAUCUUAACUAUGCUCUGCUAACACAAUAGAACUUGGAUCCGGUAAACAAAGACCUUCAAGAUCUAAACCAGUAGUCCAACUCGUAGUAUAUACUCCCCAGAAAAAGGUAGUUUAUAUAAACCUAGGAAUCCCAUUUUAUAAUGUGUAACAGGGAGUCUAGCUUCAGUUGUUAUCUGAUUGGUAUUGCAUGCCUG